AUGGCGCAUUGGUGCGGGACGGACGGACCUGCCUCGAGUAGCCUUUUCGAAUUGCCGCUGGGACAUGUCGAGCCGGCUGAGGCUCGCUGGUGGGCUGCAAUCCUUGCAGCUGGGAGUGGAUGGCGUGCCACCUUAUAUCGAGACGGAAAGGAAUACUCAGCCCCGUGGAGCUGCCAUCUCGCUAAGCACUCUUUUAUAUUAGGAUUGGGCACCGGCAUGUCAUCUUCGGCCUUCCAAAGCUGCAAGCCCCCCUCAUCAGCAGAGGCUCAAGCGUAUCUCUUCAACUUUGCACGGCUAUAUGACUGCUUCGACCAACUGCUUGCUGCAUUCCUUGCAUCCGUCACAGUCCCUUCGCAUACCCGGUUCGGGGCAGCGGUUGUAUUGCCUAGCCCGGUACACGGUGCCCAUCCUCGUGUACAGAGCACCGAGCCCAUGUAUGCCCCGAAACUACCAACUGCGAGCGAAAUCCCGCACUUUAUGGCAUUCUCAUGCAUAUCAAAUGUCGUAUCAUCGUCACUGGAUGGAUGUUCUGGAAACCUGGUAUCCCUUGUAACCUCGCGAGCGAAUGGUUGA